AUGAUGGCGCCGAAAUCACUUCAGACUGGCCUCCUCAUUCUCCUCCUUGCAAAGCUGAAGCUGGCCUGGGGGAUGACUUUGGUCCCUCGUCAGGUUACUUGUGACUAUGAAGCUGCCGCGAGUUCGGGAGAUACAUGCACGUCCUUCGCCGCCGAAUGGGGGCUGACCGAGGAGACCUUUGCGUCUCUCAACCCCUCUGCCGCUUGUCCGAGCCUCGUGGCCGGUCAGAACUACUGCAUGGUUGGCACUAUUUCAGCUGCAUCGACGACGAGCUCUUCAUCUUCCACCACCUCGUCUUCCACUACCUCAUCUUCCACUACUUCAUCUUCCACUACUUCGUCUUCCACUACCACCUCGUCUUUCACCACUACUACGGCGUCGGAGACCACAUCCACCGCCGCCAACGGGGUCACCACGCCUAUGCCCGUUCAGUCUGGCAUGAUCGACUCGUGCAGCAAAUUUGACCUCAUCAAAUCUGGCGACACUUGCGCUUCCAUCGCCAGCACAUACAACAUCGACCUAUCCAGCUUCUAUUCCUGGAACCCGGCCGUCGGCUCGUCCUGCGCCUAUCUUGACGUCGGCUACUACGUGUGCGUCGACGCUGUGCCCUCACCCGUUCAAUCCGGCAUCACCGAGUCCUGCAGCAAAUUUGACCUCGUCGAAUCUGGUGACACCUGCGCUUCCAUUGUCAGCACAUACAAUAUUCCCCUUUCGAGCUUCUAUGCCUGGAACCCCGCCGUCGGCUCGUCUUGCGCCUACCUCGACCUGGGCUACUAUGUCUGCGUCGGCACUGACAGUUCCACGGUCGCCACCUCGACAACUUCGGCUGGCAAUGGAAUCACGACGCCGACGCCUGACGAGCCGGGGAUGGUUAGCGACUGCACUAAGUUUUGGCUUGUUGGCUCGGACGACACGUGCACAAGCAUUGCUAGCAGCGAAGACAUUACGGUCGCUGAUAUCGAGAAGUGGAAUCCGAAAGUAGGAAGCACCUGCACAGAUGUCUGGCUCGGCGAUUAUAUCUGUGUGGGUGUGUAG